AUGUUGACUCUGCGGGGCUUGGUAAAGGGGGCUCCUCUGAGACCAGAAGAAAAGUGGAAACCUUUGGACAACCCCAGGAACAGAGAUCUGUUUUUCAGAACACUCCAAGCUUAUUUUUCUGGGAGAGAUCUCAGGAACUUUCCAGGAACUUUCUCUUUGAACAAUGAUGGAUCAAAGCCUGUUACUUUCUACUCGGAUCCCAUUGCUUCUGCAUUUGCAGAUUAUGAAGAAAGGAAAAAUUCUUUCCCAAAGUAUCUCAGAGGCUGAAAGAAACUGCUUAACAAGGUGAUUACUUGGACUUCAGGUGAACUUGAAGAAUACUUGGCAAAAUAUGACUACCUUGGGCUUUUUAACUAUUAUCUGACUUUUUCAGCAUACCAGAUUUACAUACACAAGUCUCACAUCUGGCUGUAACUGCCACACUUUCUUAUUUUUAGCUAGUAGGGGACAUAGGACCAAAGUUUGUCUUACAGAAUUUUACUUGUUUAAAUGUAAAUAAAUGAAAAGUUCAGUCCAACUAGUGUUUGCAACUGAUCUCAAAUACCUUUUCAAGGAAUGUAAAUAAAUGUUAUCUUUAUUAUAACUAAGUUCUAGAAAACUUUUCCUGAAUGGAAUUCUAGUGAGAAUAUUUCCUCACAAUUCUUUAUAUUGUGUUUGGUGGAACUUUUAACAAAACUGAGCUUCAAUUGUUACAGAAACUUACAGAAACCUGCCUGUCUAUUCUGUGAUGGUACAGAACCU